AGCCCUUUUGAAGGAAGGAGACUACGCUACCCAAGAGGCUUUGCUCCAAGCGCAAGUGCACUAGUUAAUAAUUAAAUAUAUAUUUAUCUCUCUCUCGAGAAAUUUGGUUACGCGAACAUGGAGGCUUUGAAGAGGGCCGGCUAAAAAAGAAAAGAAAAAGAAAGUCGCCUGGUUCCCUUCGCUCGGUGCGGCUCUGUCGGUCUUCUUUCGGAUCCUUUGAUUCAAGGUCUUUGGGGGUGUGCUGAGAUUGUUUGCUACCCCUCACCCUGACUGGCUGGAUUUUCCCCACUGAACAGCGUGGGCAGCCAUGGCUGGCAUAAGCAACAUGGGCGACUCUGGCCUGUCCCGCAUGAGCAUCGCCUCCCAGUUCUUUGCCGGGGAGGAGACGUCUGGCAUAGACACCAUGACUACCUCGGAGAGGGUGGUGGAUUUGCUAAAUCAAGCUGCCUUAAUCAGCAAUGAUUCCAAAAUCACAAUCCUCAAACAGGUCCAGGAAUUGAUUAUAAACAAAGAUCCCACACUUUUGGAUAAUUUCCUGGAUGAGAUCAUUGCUUUCCAGGCAGACAAAUCUGUUGAGGUUCGGAAGUUUGUCAUUGGGUUCAUAGAGGAAGCCUGCAAACGGGACACCGAGCUGCUUCUCAAGCUUAUUGCUAACCUCAACAUGCUGUUGAGGGAUGAAAAUGUCAAUGUGGUGAAGAAGGCCAUCCUCGCCAUGACUCAGUUGUAUAAGGUGGCGCUGCAGUGGAUGGUGAAAUCCAGAGUGAUCAACGACAUGCAGGAGGCCUGCUGGGAGAUGGUGUCCGCCAUGACCAGUGAAAUCAUCCAGCUGCUGGACUCGGACAAUGACGGCAUACGCACCCAUGCCAUCAAGUUCGUGGAGGCGCUGAUCAUCACCCUCUCUCCCCGGAUGCCGGACUCGGAGGUGCCCAGGCGCCAUGAGAACGACAUCAGCCUCAACCGUGUCCCCGAGGACCACCCCUACAUCAAAUACAACGUUCUGUGGGAAGAAGGGAAGACAGCGCUGGAUCAGCUGUUGAAGUUCAUGGUCCACCCAGCUAUCUCCAGCAUCAACCUGACCGCCGCACUGGGCUCCUUGGCCUCCAUCGCCCGCCAGCGGCCCAUGUUCAUGUCGGAGGUGAUCCAGGCCUAUGAGACACUGCACGCCAACCUCCCCCCGACGCUGGCCAAGUCCCAGGUGAGCAGCGUGCGGAAGAACCUCAAGCUGCACCUGUUGAGCGUCCUCAAGCACCCAGCGUCCGUGGAGUUCCAGGCCCAGAUCACCACCCUGCUGAUGGACCUGGGCACACAGCAGGCCGAGAUCACCCGCAACAUGCCUAACCUGAAGGAGCUCCGCAAACGCCCACGGGAUGAGAGUGACCCUGCCAUGAAGAAGAUGAAGCUGGAGCCAACUCUUGGGGAGGAUGAUGAGGAUAAAGACCUGGAGCAGGUGGCAGCCCCAGCUCCCAAGCCCUCCAUCCAAGUCAGCACACAGUCGGACACGGACAUCACCGCUGAGUUUCUACAGCCCCUUCUGACUCCAGAUAAUGUGGCCAACCUGGUGCUCAUCAGCAUGGUAUACCUGCCUGAAAACAUGCCUGCUUCCUUCCAAGCUACCUAUACCCCAGUGGAAUCUGCUGGCACUGAGGUCCAGAUCAAGCACCUUGCCCGCCUCAUGGCCACCCAGAUGACGGCAGCUGGGCUAGGGCCAGGUGUGGAGCAAACCAAGCAGGUCAAGGAGUCGCUGAAAGAAGAGAAAAUGCUCAAACCGGAAAGCGUGCUGAUCAAGCGGCGCUUCUCUGCUCUCAGUACAGGCCAGGCCAUUUCUGUGUUAGGAGCCCAACAAGGCUCUGCCCCCCCCACUGAGCCUGGGGUGCCGCAGCCCAAGCGGCGCCCAGAACCAAUCAUCCCUGCCACUCAGCCCAGGUUGGCCGGUGCCAGCGGCCGCAAAAAGAUUUUCCGCCUGAGCGACGUGAUCAAGCCUCUCACGGAUGUGCAGAUGGACAAGCUGAAGGUGGCGGCCGUGAAGCGGAUCCUGCGCUCCGAGAAGGCCGUGGCCUGCAGUGGGGCUGCCCAUGCCCGGGUGAAGAUCCUCUCUUCUCUGGUGACCCAGUUUGAGGUCCCUCUCAAGAGCGAAGUCCUGACCUUCAUCCUGGAUGACAUCCGCAACCGCUUGGACCUCGCCUUUGCCUGGUUGUACCAGGAGUACAAUGCUUACCUGAGCCAAUACCCCGCUGGCUCGCUCGACAACUACGAUGAGUGUCUCAUCGGCCUGCUCUCCGGUCUGCAGGAGAAGCCGGACCAAAAAGAUGGGAUCUUUACCAAGAUGGUACUUGAGGCCCCACUGAUCACCGAGAGUGCCCUGGAAGUGAUUCGGAAGUAUUGUGAAGAUGAGAGCCGGACGUACCUGGGCAUGUCGACACUUCGGGACCUGAUCUUCAAGCGCCCGUCGAGGCAGUUCCAGUAUCUGCAUGUUCUCUUGGAUCUCAGCUCCCACGAGAAGGACAAGGUUCGCCAGCAAGCGCUCCUAUUCAUCAAGCGGAUGUACGAGAAGGACCAGCUGCGGGAAUAUGUGGAGAAGUUUGCACUUAAUUAUUUGCAGCUCCUGGUCCACCCCAACCCUCCCUCUGUUCUCUUUGGCGCAGACAAAGAUACAGAGGUGGCUGCUCCCUGGACAGAAGAGACCAUCAAGCAAUGCCUCUAUCUCUACUUGGCCCUCCUUCCCCAGAACCACAAACUGAUCCAUGAACUGGCAUCUGUAUACACGGAGGCCAUUGCUGACAUCAAGCGCACUGUCCUCAGGGUUAUUGAGCAGCCUAUCCGUGGGAUGGGGAUGAAUUCCCGAGAGCUGCUCAGGCUGGUUAAAAACUGCCCCAAAGGUGCAGAGACCCUGGUGACCCGCUGUCUGCACAGCCUAACGGACAAAGUUCCCCCAUCUCCAGAGCUUGUGACGCGAGUUCGAGAUCUGUACAACAAGAGGCUCCCAGACGUCCGGUUCCUUAUCCCUGUCCUCAAUGGUUUGGAGAAGAAAGAGGUGAUCCAGGCCCUGCCGAAGCUCAUUAAGCUGAAUCCCAUUGUUGUGAAGGAGGUUUUCAACCGCCUCUUGGGAACACAACACGGUGAAGGCAACUCUGCAGUUUCUCCUCUGAAUCCUGGAGAGUUGUUGAUUGCCCUCCACAACAUCGACUCCACCAAGUGUGACAUGAAGUCCAUCAUCAAAGCCACCAACAUGUGCUUUGCUGAGCGCAACGUGUACACGUCUGAGGUGCUGGCCGUGGUGAUGCAGCAGCUCAUGGAGCAAAACCCGCUACCCAUGCUCCUUAUGCGGACCGUGAUCCAGUCACUGACGAUGUACCCACGCCUGGGCGGCUUCGUCAUGAACAUCCUCUCCCGACUCAUCUUGAAGCAGGUGUGGAAGUACCCCAAGGUCUGGGAGGGUUUCAUCAAGUGCUGCCAGCGGACCAAGCCCCAGUCCUUCCAAGUCAUCCUCCAGUUACCUCCCCAGCAGCUCUCUGCCGUCUUCGAGAAGUGCCCAGAGCUGCGGGAGCCUCUGCUGGCCCAUGUCCGCUCCUUCACUCCGCAUCAGCAAGCUCACGUUCCCAAUUCCACCAUGGCCAUCCUAGAAGCCAGCAACAAGCAAGACAUUGAAGGGAAGGAGUUGCAGCCUCUGGAGGAGGCGAGGGGCUCAGCCCCGCCCAGGACCAAGGAGCUGAGAAGAGAGAGAGAGGAAGAAAUGGAGCCUCAGCUCCUCCUGCCUCGCGUGUCCCAGGAUAUGAUUGCCCUGCGCUUGGCGCAGGAGAAGGCCCUCAAGCGUCAGCUGGAGGAGGAGCAGAAACUGAAGCAGCAGCAGCAGCCUCCCCGCCCAGCAGCCCCCAAGACCCCACUCCCUUCCGAGGAAUCUGUGGACUUGCAGGAGGAGGUGCCUGAAGUGGAGACUCCCACCAUCUUCAUCAGCAUGCAGGAGGAAGACGAGAGCUUUGGAGGAGACAGCUCCCAGCUGGAUUCCAGCUUAGAGGGCCCCUGGCCACCCAAGGAGCUGCAGAGCAAGGAAAGAGCAGCCAGAAGCAGAAGCAGCAGUAGCAGCAGCAGCAGCAGUAGCAGCAGCAGCAGUAGCAGCAGCAGCAGCAGCAGCAGCAGCUCAGAUGAGGGAUCCUCAAGCAAGCCACCCACAGCCAAGCAAGCCACCCUCUCCCUCGAGGAGGAGGAGCCGGCUGCAGACGGUGGGGCACCACCUCCUGCCCCUUCCUCUGCUCUGGCUGCAAACUCUCCCAGCCCAGCAGAGGAACUGCCGGACCCCAUUGUGGAGCAAGAGCAGAAAGCAGACAGCUGAUGAUUCAGGAAAAGAAGAUUGGGGGGAAAGGGGUUAACUGGGAAAGGAAACCAGGAAAAUAAGAAUAAAGUGGAUUAGAUUUCUAAAUAAAGAAUCUCGGGUCUCAACUGCU